AUGGCCCGCGCCGCCACCGCCACCGCCUCCUGCGCUCCCCGGCUCCUCCGGGCCGCGCUGCUGCUCCUGCUCCUGGUCGCCGCCACCCGGCGCGCGGCAGGGGCGCCCGUGGUCAGUGAACUGCGCUGCCAGUGCUUGCAGACCGUGCAGGGGAUUCACUUCAAGAACAUCCAGAGCGUGAAGGUGACGCCGGCGGGCUCCCACUGCGCCCAAACCGAAGUCAUAGCCACUCUCAAGAAUGGACAGGAAGUUUGUCUCAACCCUGAAGCCCCCAUGGUUAAGAAAAUGAUCGAAAAGAUGCUAAACAAGGGCAGCUCCGACUGA